AUGGCCCCGAGCCUUUAUGUCGUCUUCUAUCGGCCUCGUUACGGCAACUACAAGCAUUGGGCGCUGCAGUUGGAGAGCGAUACUCUUAGCAUUAUCUUCGAAGUUGUUGGCCAGCAUCCUCACUUUCAGCGUAACGUUGUGAACGCUGAGCCCGAGCGGUCUGGAAGUUUCACCGGGAAGCUCUUCGUUGGCACUAUCAGCGACAGUGAUAUCCAGAGGGUUAAGGACACGGCGAAAUCGGUACCGGUGGAUAACGAGACUGUCGAAUGGGACUGUCAAGAUUAUGUGUUAGAGAUGUUGGACCAGUUGCAGGAAGAUUAUGUUUUAGACGAAGAGGAUGAAGAUUAUCAGGAAGCAAGGAAGGAACUUAGGAGUAAACGGGGGGCUAUUAUUUAG